ACUUUAAAGUAAUACAACAGUGUCUCUCUUCUUUGUUCUCGAUUUUCUCCGCUGUUAUGUUGUUACUAUCUCUGACACUCUUUUUUUCUUCAUGGCACACCUUCGUUUACGCCGGUGAUCAAUCCAAAGGCGAGAACUGCACUGUCACCAACAACCGCCUCGAGUUCGGCACAUAUCAGUUCCAUAGCGACUGCGACGUAAAAACGUAUUGCUCGUCACAGGGAACUUGUGAACUGAAGGGCUGCAGAAAAGACCAAUUUCCAUUUGGUUAUGCACCAGGUGACUACGUGCCACCGUUGUGUCCUCCUGGACAGUUUUGUCCCGACGAGAGCGAUGCGUGUCAGCCUUGGUUACCUGUUGGGACUCCAUGCCAGCUGAAUCGUGAUGACCAAUGCGAGCCGCCUCCGAAUUGGCAGCAAUUAGCUGAUACAUCAAAAUACGGCCGUAAUGUGAAUGGUUCCGUCUGUCUAAAUAAUGUCUGCAUGUGGGCAAAUGUCACAGUCGGCCAGCCUUGUGAAGUCGAGAACACUGCCUACACCGCCUAUGCUGGAAGUAACGAGUUCCUUGACGUUGUGUCGAGAGGCAACUGUCAAAUUGGGUCGUAUUGCGAUUCCCAGUCGUUGGUUUGCAUCCAGACAAAACAACUCGACGAGACCUGUGAUGCGGACAAAGAAUGUUCGUCCUUUAACUGCUUGCGUAAAGGCGUUUGUGGUCGAGGUUCCGAUACUCCAAAGCACUUUGGGACCUUGGUAUAUGCCGUGGUCGGUGCUGGUAUCUUCGGAGGCAUGUUUGCCACUCUGAUCACCUUGUUCCUGAUUCAUCGUCGUCAACGUGACCAGGAACGUGAAAAGCGUCUCCAGUACUGGUGUGAACAGAAUGCCUUCCGCCGGAGUAUAAUGCAAAUGAAGGAAAUCGCUCGCACCUCUAUCUUGUCUCUCCCUGGCGGUAACGGCAAUAGCAACCGGAGUACAGUCUGCAGUCGCGCUGGAUCGGAAGAGUCGUUCACACCUAUGAUCCAGCACUCAGUCCACAAGUCGAGCGGGUUAAGACAGCAAUACCUAUCAGAUGACAACGGGAGUUCAUAUGAUGAAAUAAUGAUGCAAGCGGGUCAGCGGUAGUUGUGGGUAUCUUUGCACAGACGCUUGGAUUUUUCGACUCUCUUAUAUGUUAGCGGGACUAUUUUCACCACGGACCAACUGAUCUUUUCCCAUAUAUGCUUAGAAUGGACCUUAAUUAGUUUUUUUUUGCUGUGCAUUAGGAGCGAUAAAAAUACAUGGCUGAGCUUGUAGUACAUAUCUGACAUGUGAGUAUUAGUGCCAGGGUUGUUGGACCCUGAGGUCUGAGCGCCUGAGCACUAACCACAGAGCUCCAACAGAGCUCUGUUUCCAAGUUAU